GUAGAACUAAAACUAGAGUAGAAAGAUAAACAAUGUGCAAAUAUGUGAACCGCGCAGCCUUUUGUAGCCUUUGGUGGCGCUCAGGUCCCGAUGCGGGAAUCUUAGAUUAUGGAUGAUGUUUUUUGCAUCUAUCAGACCAUCGAGGUUCCCCUUGAGGCUACACCUAAACUUUUUUAAGGGGACGAAAGGGAUAGCCGUGAUGGUCUGCCUAGAUGGAAUAGACGCCAUCCAUGUAGAUGAAAGAACCAAUACGUCGCCCAGCACACUACCCGAGGAGAUCGAUCUUUCUUGUACAAGGCAGGAACAAGAGGAG